GGUUGUCUCGAGGUUCUGUCACUGUCGCGCGCUCUCCAGCGCAAAGGAUAGAGAGACAGAGAGUGAUUACGCGCACACCGGCUUAGCGAUCACUUUGGGAGCAAGACAUAGCUUCAAUAUUUAUUUACACGUUUAUGAAGUUUACAAAAGGACAUACGUCUGUACGAGUAGGCUAUCUUAAUUGUCCUCGGGACAGAACACUCCAGAACAUCGCUCAAUAAAGUUCGAUGCCUCUUCUCCAGUAAGCAGGAUGAAGACGGCGGAGAUCUGUGUGGUCCUGUUUGUCUUGGGCUGUGUGUGUGAACUGUCAUUGUCUUUGGACCCCCGAGAUCCAAAUGUUUGCAGCUUAUGGGAAAGUUUCACCACUUCAGUGAAGGAAUCAUAUGCUCAACCUUUCGACCAAGUGAAGUAUGAAGAGACCUGCUUUGAACCCUGGAGUGCUAACAAAUGCACCCGGCACAGGAUCACCUAUAAAACACUUUAUAGGCAGGUGGUGAAAAUGGACUAUCGUAGGAGGUAUCAGUGCUGUCGUGGCUUUUAUGAGAGCAGAAAUAAAUGUGUUCCACGUUGCACUAAGGAGUGUGUCCAUGGCCGCUGUGUAGCACCUGAUCGCUGCCAAUGUGAGAGCGGCUGGCGUGGAGAAGACUGUUCCAGCUCAUGUAAUGCCCAGCAUUGGGGUCCAGGCUGCAGGCAGCGCUGUGAGUGCCAGAACGGGGGAGAGUGUGACGUUAUUAAAGGAAGAUGCCAGUGCCCAGCCGGAUACACUGGUGAACACUGCCAGGACCCCUGUCCUGCAAAGUCAUUCGGUCAGGGCUGUCUGCAGCAGUGCCUGUGUGGAACAGGAGGAUCCUGCAAUAAAACCACUGGAGAAUGUGUGUGCAGAGAUGGAUUUACUGGAACUCUGUGCGAGGAGCCGUGCAUGAGGCCGAGCCGAUGUCCUGUACGCUGCCCGUGUCAGAAUGGAGGCAUCUGCCAGGGGAGAGGGGUGUGUUUGUGCCCACCUGGCUGGAUGGGUGCAGUGUGUACUGAGAGGUGUCCACUGCGCCGUUUUGGUCCAAACUGUGCUAAAGAAUGUUUGUGUCAUAAUGGAGGCCACUGUGAUCCAGAAAAGGGCCAAUGUCAGUGUGAUGCAGGCUACACUGGAGACAGGUGUAACGAGGAGUGUCCAGUGGGCACAUACGGUGUGGACUGUAAGGGUGUGUGUGACUGUGCUAACGGAGCACGGUGUUAUAACAUCCACGGUGGGUGUCUGUGUGAGCCGGGGUUUAAAGGUCCACGCUGUGAUCACAGGAUGUGUACUGAUGGGACCUACGGCAUGCACUGCGAACACCACUGCCUCUGCAACUCACAAAACACUCUCAGCUGUCAUCCUCUGAAGGGGGAGUGUACCUGUCAGCCUGGGUGGGCGGGGCUAUACUGUAAUGAAACCUGUGCUCAUGGUUACUAUGGCAAUGGUUGCUUGGAGCCCUGCCUUUGUGUGAAUGGAGGGGUGUGUGACACGGUGACGGGAGAGUGCCACUGUGCGCCCGGAUACAUGGGACUACACUGCCAGAAGCUUUGUGAGGAUGGUUUCUAUGGGAAGGGCUGCUUGUCUCCCUGUACCUGUGUAAACUCUAUAGCCUGCUCUCCCAUCGAUGGAACAUGUUUCUGUAAAGAAGGAUGGAGAGGACUUGACUGUUCUAUUGCAUGUUCAGAGGACACGUGGGGUUCUGGCUGCAACUUCACAUGCCAGUGUGCAAAUGGAGCAUCCUGCCACCCUGCCGAUGGUUCUUGCAAGUGCACCACAGGGUGGAGAGGAGCUUCCUGUGACGAGCCCUGUCCAAUCGGGACGUUCGGUUUAGGCUGUCAACACAAAUGUGACUGUCUGCAUGAUGAAGGAUGUGAGAGUGUUACAGGCCAGUGUCUGUGUUUACCAGGCUGGACAGGUCUACGCUGUACACAGCAGUGUCCAGAGGGAACGUGGGGCCUUCAGUGCAACCAGACCUGCUCCUGCCUCAACAGUGCCACCUGUCAGGCACAUACGGGAACCUGCCUGUGCAAACCCGGAUUCUGGGGAGAUCAGUGUCAACACAGUGAGUAUAUAUGUACCUGUGCAUCCAUCGGCAUCUUUGAGAGCUCAGGUCACAUUAAAGCUGGUUUAGACAGUGCUCUCUUUUUUUUCUUUGUAGUGUGCAGUGCUGGAAUGUUUGGAGAGAGGUGCAGCCGUCAAUGUCCACCAUGUGUAUAUGCCUCCUCCUGUCAUCACAUAACAGGCGAUUGUUUGUGUCUGCCUGGAUAUACUGGACACCUGUGUGAACAAGCCUGCCCCAUCGGUCGGUAUGGACGCCAUUGUAGCAAUGUGUGCAGGUGCACCAACAAUGCUACAUGUCAUCACCAGGAUGGUUUGUGCCUCUGUCCCGCCGGAUGGACUGGACCGGACUGCUCUUUAUUGUGUCAGACUGGGACGUUCGGCACUAACUGUGCUCAGACUUGCUCAUGUCCCCCCAACCAUUCCUGCGGUCCUCACACUGGAGACUGUGUGUGUGUACCUGGACCAGGCGAGGACUGCAAACCAGAGAAAGAACGGAGUAUGAUGGUGCCCGUGUCUCCGGUGGAGAAGGACUCGUUGGGUGCGAUCGCAGGAAUUGUGGUGCUGGUGAUUCUGGUUGUGCUCCUGUUGGCUGUUCUGUUGUUGUAUCGGCGCAGACAACAGGACAAACAGAGCAACACUCCCGUUGUGUCUUUCUCUUCAACCCGCACUGUCAGUUCAGAGUAUGCUGUGCCAGAUGUUCCGCACAGCUACCAUCACUAUUACUCAAACCCGAGUUACCACACGCUGUCUCAGAACAGACCUCCACUGCCACACCUGCCCAACAACCAGGACCAAGCCAUCAAGAACACCAACAAUCACCUGUUCUGCAGUCUGAAGAACAUGGAGAGGGAGAGGAGAGGUCUGUUUGUGGCUGAGACUAAUGCAACUCUUCCUCCAGGCUGGAAACACCAGGAGCCACCUAAAGAUCCAUGGGCUUUUGGCAUUUAUCGAAGUUACAGCUAUAGUGCUACUCUCGGGAAGCACUACAACAAAGAGUUGAAAGAUUCAUGUGUGGCAGUGAGCAGCAGCUCUCUGAACAGUGAGAACCCAUAUGCCACCAUCAAAGAUCUGCCUGGCCUGCCACCUUGUCCUCCGGAGAGCAGCUACAUGGAGAUGAAGUCUGCAGUGCCUCGUGAAAGAUCCUACACUGAAAUCAGCCCACCAGUCAUGACUCCUUCCACUCUGUCAUGCAGAGAACAUUUCAGAAGUUCCCUUGGCAACGUUGUGGAACAGGAACCUCAGAAUCAUUAUGAUCUGCCCAUCAACAGUCACAUUCCUGGGCAUUAUGAUAUGCCUCCAGUGCGGAGACCACCCUCUCCAUCGCCACGAAGACUGCCCCACUGAUCUCCUUAAAGACUUUGGUUCUACUGUAAAAUCA